AUGAGACCUCAAAUCCUCCUCUUAAUAACCUCCCUCGCGGUCCUCCUUCUCUCGGCCAUCGCCGCCGCCGACGAUGCCGCGGACUCCCCGGUCGGACCCCCGGAGCCGAUCAAGGACGUGCACGAUCCGCAAGUCCAAUUCCUCGCCCAAGUCGCGGUCAACUCCUACAACUUGGAGCACCGCCGCUACCUGAUUUUGAAGGAGGUCGUGGGAGGGGAGACUCAGGAAACUCGCAAAUUCAUCAACUAUCUCCUGCAUAUCGUCGUGAACCAGACGUCGUCGCUGUGUUACAGGACCAUGAUCCGCGACCGGAAGAAGGGCCCGCGCUACCGGGAGUUCGAGUUCUUCGAAAGUGAGAUUUGCCAAGCGUAA